GAGUGUGUGAGGAGAGUCAGCAUGUCCGCAGCUGUAACAGACAGGUUGGGCUUCACAGUGGGAGACUAUGCCGUGUUUGGUGCCAUGUUGGCUGUCUCCAUGAUUAUCGGUCUAUUUCAGUCUUUGCGCUCACAUGGACGAAGGUUCUCAGAUUCAGAAAAGGUGGAGAAUUUCUUCACGGGUGGGCGUAGCCUGGGGGCGGUGCCAGUGGGUGUGUCCCUGUGUGCAAGCUUCAUGUCGGGCGUGCAGGUCCUUGGGGUUCCGGCUGAGUCGUACUUGUACGGCUUAAAGUUCCUCUACAUGUGUUUGGGUCAAGGCAUCAAUUCCUUCCUGACGGCCACGCUGUUCCUCCCUGUGUACUACAGACUGGCCAUCACCUCCUCCAACCAGUAUCUGAGGAUGAGGUUCGGCAGAGGCAUGCAGCUGCUGGGAAGUCUGCAGUUUCUCAUAGCUACACUUCUCUACACUGGCAUUGUUAUCCUUGCUCCUGCACUCAUCCUAAAUCAGGCUACAGGGUUGAACAUGUGGGCGUGUCUGAUCUCUACCGGACUCAUCUGUACUCUCUACACAAGUCUGGGAGGAAUGAAGGCCGUGGUGUGGACGGAUGUGUUUCAGGUCGUGGUGAUGCUUUCGGGUUUUAUCGUCGUCUACGUUCACGGCACCGUCCUGGCAGGAGGACCAGCGCGAGUCCUAGAGACCGCCAACAACGGGUCACGCAUCAACUUUAAUGAUUUUGAAUUAGAUCCUCAGAGGCGAUACUCCUUCUGGAGUUUUACGGUCGGAGGGACGAUGGUGUGGUUAUCCAUGUACGCAGCCAAUCAGGCUCAGGUGCAGCGCUACAUCUCCUGCAGGACAGAGCGGCAGGCUAAGUGGGCUUUGUUGAUCAAUCAGGUGGGUUUGUGUCUGAUCGUGAGCAGCGCGGCUGUAUGUGGUGUCGUGAUGUUCGCUCUUUAUUCACACUGCGAUCCUCUCAAAUCUGGCCGAAUUACUGCAUCAGAUCAGUACAUGCCGUAUUUGGUACUUGAUAUUUUUCGGGACCUUCCUGGCUUUCCUGGACUUUUCCUGGCCUGUGCAUACGGUGGAACAUUAAGUACGGUCUCGACCAGCAUUAACGCCAUGGCUGCAGUUACGAUGGAGGAUCUGCUAAAGCCUUUAAUGAGUGACUUAUUACAGAGGAAACAGAUGCAGCUCUGCAAAUUACUAUCGUUUCUGUAUGGAGCCGGCUGCAUCACUACAGCAGCUCUCUGCUCUCUCCUGGACUGGGGAGUUCUGCAGGGCUCGUUUACGGUAAUGGGUGUGGUUAACGGGCCACUCCUCGGCACUUUUAUACUGGGCAUGUUCAUCCCAGCUGCAAAUAAACAGGGUGCGUUUGCUGGCGUGGCGGUGGGGUUCUCUCUCGCUCUGUGGCUCGCUGUUGGAAGCUCCAUUUAUCCUCCAAACCCACAGAGGAUGGGGGUGUUACCCACCAGCACAGACUACUGUCCUUCAGCUAACACUACACACAACUCCACCAUGCUAACCCCACCAUCGCCUACGCUAACACCUCCAGGAGCUGCAGAGACCUGGCAUUAUGGGCUUCGUGAUUUUUACGCCAUAUCCUACCUCUACUUUGGAGCGCUGUCCACCGGAGCAUCUGUGCUAGUGGGAUCAGUGGUCAGCUACCUGACAGGACCGACAGAGAGAGGCUCGAUCCUGCCUGGUCUGCUGUGGUGGGAUCUGAAACCUCAGCGUGAGGAUCCUCAGGAAGGCACAGAUGAAUCGAUGAUCAUUAAUCCCCCCGUCGUCCAUCUGAACCCUGACAAAGACACUGAUCAAGAGGGAAAAGCUGUAUCUGUUCUGUGAGGAAUGUUCCUGAUCUGUCUAAUUUGUGGAUGCAGAAGAAGACGUGCGUCCUCAUAAUCAUGUGUGUGUUUUAUAUCAACAAAUACAACUUAACCGCAGUGGAAUAAAUAAUUCUUCCUUCUGUUGAUUUUGUUUGAUCUCUCUCUCUCUUUGAUGUUAGACUGCAACAGACAGACGGAUAUUUAAUGCCCGAC